UCCAGAGGCUUCACAGCUAGCUGCCUGCUCGGUCUUUCUGAGCGUUUGGUGUUUUCCGUAGCAGUUGGCCUCUAGUUCUGCUGUAAAUAUUGCUGCUUUUCUGUGUAUUUUAGGACUCUUCCCUUGCUCAGGAUGGCCUCUUCUUGUAAGUGCUGAAUGUACAAAGAAUUGGAGAGUGUUUCCCGAUUUACGGAGAGAUUUUCCGCGUUUCAUCUUCUCAGUUUUCUCACCAAAUGCUGUGUACGUACAUGUAUACCAUACAUAACAGGUUGUACAGUACACAAUCAACACUGAACAAUCCUGCAAUAAAGCGCCAGGUAGGCCUACUGCCUUAGUGUACUCCCGAGCAAAAUCGGAAUUUUCUCACCAUUUUCCCGGAGUCCUCCAUGCUUGAAGGACGAGACAACCAUCCACGAAUUAUCAGUGAAUGCUCCCAAGUAGUCACGGCUGAUUCUUUGUUUUGACUUUGUACGCCAUCAUCGAACAUUCCACCCGAAGAACAUCAUUAAUCAUGAAGACAGAAGUAACCUGUGCUGUCCACUUUCUGGUGAACUUUCUGCGUUCAAGCAGGGACUUGGGCCAGCAAACCGUCCGUCUUGAGAGGUUCUCCCAGAUCCUGAUCAACCUGGUGUGCGAGCACUACAAGUCCCACUGGUUCCCUGACAAGUCGUUCCGGGGAAGUGGUUACCGCUGUCUGCGAAUCAACGACAUGCUGAUGGAUCCCCUGGUCGCCAAGGCGGGCCAAUGCGUCAGCAUUUCCUUGCAGGAGAUGCAGCUACUGCUUCCCAACGAGUUGACGGUGUGGGUUGACCCGGGAGAGGUGUCCUACCGGAUCGGAGAGGAAGGCUCCAUCUGCGUCCUGUAUGACGGUGCCACCCAAACUACCAGUGAGACGAAGCUCAGUGCCUUGGACUUGUUAAACUGCAAGAUGCGGGCACGUCUGCGCAACCAGAACGUCUCCCGCCAGCAUUUGGACACUGCAGACUUUAACCGAAAUGACGUCACCGUUCAGGCUUGAAUCAACCACUAAAAAAACACACGAAGAACUCUAUGAAAACGGCUGGAUUUUUACCAAAGUUUAUGACCGCUUGAACCCGACAAAGGACUGAAAUGUAUUCUGUGUUUAUCGUUGAAUUAUUAUAAAAAAUGGAUCAAUCCUUUAAUAUUUUUUCUGACAAAAUAUAGAUGCCAAUAUUUUUUUAAGUCCGGUGUGAAUUGAGUGAAACUCCUGUUAUUGAAUUUUUUUGAGAAAUUGUACCACCCGAGUUUUUAUUAAUUCCAGAAUGUUAUUGCCCGUUCAUCAUGUUUAUUGUCAGCUUCAUCACUUAAAACAGUUCAUUUUAGUUUUCCUCGUUCUUUUAUUUUGAUGUGCAUUAUACUUUGUAACAUACACAACUCAACAUGUCCAGGGUUUUGUAGCCUGUUUUUGUUAACAGACACUGUAAAUGAUCUUUCUACUAACUAGAACUUGAUAAUUGAAAUACAUGUACACUAUAUAAAUACCAAAGGCUCUGUUGAGCUUGAUCGUUAAAUUUUAGUUUUUUGAUUCAUUGGGUUUUUUUUUAACUUGUAUAUCAGAACCAAAUAUCUGUGACAAGAAAAAGCAGCUGGUAGGUUAAAAAAAUGUGGAUUUUUCCGUCAAGAAAAAGGCCAGAAAUUGUAUUUCUUCGUGUUUUAGAAUGACAUCUACCUCCUAUACACCGGAUAUGCAACAGUCUAGGGACUUUAUCCUUCAAAGUUUUGCCAUAUUUAAAAAAAAAAACGGUGUGUUACUAAUGAUGUGCUAACUGGGCUCAUUGUUUGUGGACCUUCCUUCAUUAGAUUUCAAUGCUACUGUUGUCGUCAUGAUCACAAAGUCAGAUAAUUACAUGAGUAUUUAUGAGGCACGCAUUAUCUGUACCCAAUUUACACGGUUAUGCCAUAUGCUGUAAAUGGCAUACACUUUUGGAUUUAAGUCAUUUUUAUCAAUAAUCCAGCGUUUGGAAAUUUCUGCUUUUCUAUCGUAAAGACAACGAGUGGAACUGAUUCUUAUUUGUAAAAACGAUUCAACACCUUUGCCAUAGAUUUCAAACAGCAUAUUUUGAUCAAUGGGAUGUCCCCCAAAAAAACCAAGUAGUGCAUAUUUAUAAAUUGCCAAGACUGCCAACCAAAUGGUUGCCAAGUUGUACACUACAUGUACUAGGUUUUCAUGAAAAAAGGGUAACCGUCUCUAUCGAGAAUCAUGGAUGAAAAAGUCAACUGAUCCAAAAUGCAGGUACUACUAUCAGAUUUGUUUUU